UGCUAAGCGCCAAACUGGAAUUACAGUUUUUCAUGUUCUAUUUGUGCGCCACUAGAAAAUCAUAAUUAAUUUUUAGUGGCGCUGUAAUUAGAAGAAAGAUGGUAUAAUUAUACGUAGCACAAAAACUGUAUAAGGGGAAAUUUGGCGAGUGAUUUGGCGGAUUCUACACCAAAUUUACUAUAUAUCGUGAUGGCAUUGUUGGACAUGGAUGAAAUUUAAGCGGCGUACAUACGUAAUUGAAAUAGUAGAAUUUGGUUCAAAUGGCUUAUUCGCCAAAUUUUUCCCUUUAUGCGUGUAUUUGUACUGGCACUAGCACAACAAUAAAGAAAACACUCGGCCUUGGAAAGAGGCUACCGUACUUAUUCGAUUUAAGGCGACCCUCCAAAUAUGCGAUACCCUCGAUCUUAGGCACUCUAAAAAGUAGCGACUGCUGCGUUGACAAUAAUUUUUUUAUGUCGUGUCCUAUAAAUAGAGAUCAAACCAUAGCCUCAAUUCCAGGUCGCUAUAUGCAACCCUCUAAAUAUGCGACACCAGGACUUCACACAAUUCUUCAACCUCCAAAUGAAACAACCUCUGGCUUCAUUUAAAUCGAAUAAGUACGGUAGCGACAAGAAUGCAAAUUCACAAACUGAUCCGGCAUGGGGGACUUGAUAUGUACAUUUUUGAAAGAGCCAUAAAUGUUGUGUUCUUAGAAGCAUUCUGCAUGGUCUACACAACUGAAUUGCAUCUGGAAUACCUCUGAUCCACUGACUGAGCUUGAGGAGGCCAGCUUGACUCCAUACUAGAUAUACACAGCUGACCCACAUGUGCAGAGCGGGGUCGAAAGACUCUAUGACUUAGACUAAGAUGACGAUUUUGUCAGGAGUGAUCUUUACCAAAUUCUUAAGAAUCACAUUCACUCAAACUCACAGAACUCACAGGACUCACCUGUUGCAGUGAAACCUCCUCUCAGUAAACUGUGAUACCAGUAUCAUAUUAUAUUAGCCAUUGGACUUGUAAUAGCAUCCAUCUAGAGAUACUUCAGGUGUUCAGAUGAUCGAGACUAAAGUGAGAGACUCGCCCAUCGACUCUGUGGUAGUCUACCAAGAUCGUGCCGACGGUCAAGAGAGGUUGUCAGUUCAUCUUGCUAGAUCUACUGGAGAGAAUGGGUUCCUACCACGCCCAGAUACAAUCAAUACCAGGCCGUAUUUUUCAACUUAACUCGGCUCCUCUGACCUGACAGACUAGUGUCGACCAUGUACCAGAACUCUGUCAGGGAGCUAGGGCAAGGCUGUGAUCACUGAUGUGAUAUACUCGUCAAAGGAGAGCUCCAAUGAUGAACUAACAACCACUGGAAGUAAAGAGGAGCUUAAACGCAUCAAGGAAGACUCCUUUUGCAACAGCUCUGAUGAUGAAGAGUUUGGAUGAGUUAUGGCUCCUCUGUCACUGGUUAGAGCAAGCUGUGUAGAGUCAUCAGGGGAAAAGGAUCAAUCUUCUGGAGGUUGCUGUAGCUGAGGUGCUGAUAGCUCUGGUUGACCUGGUCCCUGAGCUGAUGUACAGCUCUGUCCCUCGACUCUCCCCUCACUCCUUCCUGCAAGCCAAGGCUACCAACUCCUCACCCUACACCAUCCUGGCUGGAGCAGCCAACGUCUUCCUGGACAGCAACUUUAUCACUAAGGAGGGUCACAUCCUUCUUAUUGCAGCUGCUGAAGAAGGCCAUCUCAGUGUUGUGGAACUGCUGGUUUCUUUUGGGGCUCAAGUUAACAGUCAAAACAAUGAUGGCUUCACUCCUCUCAUGAUAGCUGCUCGAGAAGGCCAUCUCAGUGUUGUGGAACUACUGGUUUCUGGUGGAGCUCAAGUCAAUAGUCAGGACAAUUAUGGCUUCACUCCUCUCAUGAUAGCUGCUCAAGAAGGCCAUCUCAAUGUUGUAGAACUAUUGGUUUCUGUGGGGGCUCAAGUCAACAGUCAGGACAAGGUUGGAGGUACUCCAUUGAUGUACGCUACAAUGAACGAUCACUCCUCCAUUGUUGAGCUACUCCUCUCAAAGGGAGCUGAUCAAUCUCAAAGAUGAGGACGGGGUACAGUAUGCUGGUGUUGAGUUGAGUUGAAAAUGGGCACAUGUUUCGAAUUUUUAUUAUUGUGUUGUGCUGUUAAUUUCACCACUUUUUUGUCCAUGCACAUGUACGUUCGCGUGGUCACUUGUACUAUAGUUAUUGUUUUAGAAUACUUAGACUGUGCACGUGAUUAUAAUUAAUUGUUUAGUUACCAUGGUUUUUGUUACGGAAUGUUUAUUAGUCUUUAGAGUUUCCUGUGGAGCAGAGCCUCCCUCAAAAGUUUUUGGUCUGAA